AAUAUACACGCACAGCCCUCCGUCUCAGUCGGAGCCGGGGGACGAAAAGUGCAAGUGGAAGGUGGCCCUCUGCGCUGCAGACUGACUGGUGUUUUUCAGAGGUAGGGGGGUGUGUCUGUGUCCCAUACGGGUAUCUGGCUUGAAGAGACUGAGCAGAGGCGGGAAAUGGCGCCCGGCAACACAACGAUGAGUCGUUCCAGAGACGGCCCUUGAGUCGCUUCAGAGGAAACGGUCAGACCAGAACACGAAAACAAGCACUGCCUGCCAGAUGAGAUGAUUAAUCAGCACCGACUCGUUAUCGCUAGACGCUGCAAGAUUUUCUUUUAAUCAACAAUUUUACAUGUGACUGCUAAAACAAUGAGGCUGAGAAUGCGCAAGGCGUCUCAGCAGCCGAACCCCAGUCUGGCGAGCCGCCCGUCCCGUACCAAGCGCAGGCAUUCAGAAGUAGAAGAGGACUCGCCACCCAGUGGAGGGAGGGGCUUGUUCUCCACCAUCAAGAAGUUCAUCAGAGGAAAUGCUGUUACGGUGCCGCAAGAGAGCCCGGCAAAGAAGACGCUCCUCCACUGCGAUGUGGACGAUAACCUCAUCACCUCAACAACCCCGAACACCAACACCCCCCGCAGGACUAUCAGCAGGGCCGGCCGCAGAGGCUCCCUGAAUGGACAGGCAACUAAUCAUGACAGAAGUAAGGAGAAGCCCAAUGGCAGUGUGGAGGAGACUGCCGUUGAGGUGCCCACAAGCCCUCAAAGAACCACCCUUCUUGGGACCAUCUUUUCCCCCGUUUUCAACUUUUUCUCGCCAGCAAAAAAUGCCUCUGCUGGCUCAGACUCUCCAGACGAAGCCGUGGAGGCAGAGGAGAUAGUCAAGCAGCUGGACAUGGAGCCAGCUGUGGAGACGCCCACCAGCACAGACGCAUCCACACAGGAGCUGUGUGCGACCACCAACUUCUACUCGAGCGUAUCACAGCUACCCCCUAUGCAGCCUCCGAUCCCUGAGGUUUCUCCCGCAGUGAGGGAGGGAGAGCACUAUGCUGAUGCCGACCUUCCACCCCUCACAGCUCCGGGUUCCAGUCCAGAAAUGGCAUAUGUGGACUCUCUGCCUGCUGCCGCACCAACAGAGGCAACCUAUGAGGAAGACUGGGAAGUCUUUGACCCAUAUUUCUUCAUCAAACACGUGCCUCCACUGACAGAAGAGCAGCUCACGCGUAAGCCGGCUUUGCCACUGAAAACGCGCAGCACGCCCGAGUUCUCUCUGGUCCUUGACCUGGAUGAAACAUUGGUCCACUGCAGUUUAAACGAGCUAGAGGACGCAGCACUUACCUUUCCUGUCCUCUUCCAGGAUGUUAUUUACCAGGUGUAUGUGCGCUUGAGGCCGUUCUUUAGGGAGUUUCUGGAACGCAUGUCUCAAAUCUAUGAGAUCAUCCUUUUUACAGCUUCUAAAAAGGUCUACGCAGACAAACUGCUCAACAUCUUGGAUCCUAAAAAGCAGCUAGUAAGACACAGGUUGUUUCGUGAGCAUUGUGUCUGUGUCCAGGGAAACUACAUCAAGGACCUCAACAUCCUGGGUAGAGACCUGUCAAAAACGAUCAUUAUUGACAAUUCACCGCAAGCCUUUGCAUAUCAGUUGUCCAAUGGGAUCCCCAUAGAGAGCUGGUUCAUGGACAAGAAUGACAAUGAGCUGCUGAAGCUGGUGCCCUUCCUGGAGAAGCUGGUCGAAAUGAAUGAGGAUGUGCGGCCACAUGUUCGGGAGAGUUUCAGGCUUCACGACUUGUUGCCCCCUGAUUGAACUUUUUCCAGUCUCCUGGAAGAGGACGACAAGAAAAGACUGAGAACAACAUGCAUGUAAAAAGCCCCUCUUUGGAUUACAAACCACAACAUUACCAUUACUGUUAAAUUUCAGGCGUUUGUCUGUUUUUUUUAAACCCACAGUUGCUUUAAAAACAAACAAACUUAAAAGUAAACUUUUUUUUAAAUCUGGGUGAAUUUUUUUGUGGAGCCAGAUAUCUCAUCCACACUAAAUUCUGACGUCUUGGUGCUGGUUUAUUGGGUAUGAAAAUACAACCUGGUAAAGAGGAACUUCCCCUCUUACCCCCUCUUCCCCCCCCCGCCUGCGUCGGACGAACCCCCUGGUGCUCACACUGCUGACACUGACAAGUAACCACACUCUGUGGCCAGAGACCAUUUUCAGCAGGAACGACUGUCCUGUGAAUCGAUCUGUGCAUGUGCGUAUAUGUUGACUCCUACCAAUGCAAACACAUGCGCUCAUUCGGUGUUUGAACCUACGAUCUGUAGCCUUUUUUAAAAGCAUAUGCAUUCCUCCAUAGCUGGGUCAUGUUUCUGUUGGUUGCAGUUUUUUCUGUUUCUGGUAAAACUGGUGUUUCAUUGUUUUGGAGAAAGAGCUUUUCAAAAUGUUUUACUCAUGUUUUUAAGAUAUGUUGUUUAAGUUUUCAUUUUUAGUCUCUUUUCUAUCAUUGUAUGCCUUUUUUUUCUGUUGGGAGAAGAUGGGUGCAUAUUAAUGACGGUCCACUGCAUAGUCAAACACAAUUUAAUUGUACCAGGACUUAAAGCUUAGUUUCUUCUCACUCUAAUAAAUGAAGGUUUCAUUUAAAUGUAAUUUCUUGUGUUGGCAUCACUCUGGACACAAGUGAAUGGCCUGAUACUCUCCUUACCUGUAAAUUGACAUAAUGUAAAGGUUUGAGGGCAUUCAUUUUCAAAGUGAUGUGUCAACAUUGAACUGUCUUUAAUAGUAUUUGGCUAUAAUCAGUAUUGUCUUUAACUUCUAAUCAAGUAUUCAGGCUAAAGUCAGAGCUGUUUUUUUUUUCUAAUGUGUAAUUUGACGGCUAUAUUAGUAGCGUUAUGACUAAUGUAGCGCAUUUCUCUGCCAGUGUAUCAUAGAGUCUACCCAUGGUAGACAUCUAUGGCCAGACCCUGUACCAGCCAAAUCUGGCACCAGCAACAUACUGUUGGGAGCGCUCAGCUUCUCUGACCACUCCCUUCCCUGUUUCAUCAUUUUUACUUUGUAUUUCCAAGCUUUUUCUUUUACGGUUUUAAUGCAAUGUGUUUUAUGAAUGGUAACUACAUGAAUGUGUUUUUGCCCAAGCAUCAGCCUGGAGAGUGGACAAAUUGACAUUUUACUCUGUUGUUUCAACUUAAUUUAUUUGAUAGUGAGACAAACAGUAGGCUGACAGGUAGAUGUUUUGUUGACAUCCUUCGAAGCUUAACCCUGGGACAAAAGGCUCCAUGCCCGACUGUCUUGUGUUCACAGCCAAACCCGUGAGCUGAAUUUUUUUGGAACAAUUUGGCAUGCGUUGUUGAACCUCUUCCUGUUCUUGUUCAGUUGGAAGUUGUUUUUAUUUUAUUUUUUUAUAGCCAAUGUGCUUGUUUGCAGUUGUCUGUUGCCUGUACAGUGCCAUAUGCUUCCCCACCUUUAAAGCCUCCCCCCCUUUAUUUUCCUGCGAUUUCACCCCCAAAUUGCUUUGAUGGAAAGAGACAAUCAGACCGUGAUGCUCUUCGGGUGGUGAACCCUGGAGACACACAGCCCCCCCCCCCCCUCAGUGUGUGCUGUAACUGUUGUGUACGGUGAUUCCAAUGAGGACCCACACACACACACACACACACACACACACACACACACACACACACACACUAUUAAUUUGCCAGGUGGAUCCUGUUGUCCCAAACAAUCCCCGCUGCUCACUGAGCACAGGCUCUGCUCGGAUGGUUUCCGUCUGUCCAGCAUCCACCUGCCUUUGCCUUUUUUGUGUCACCUGAGUGAGUAGCCCCCAAAAUUGUUACAGGGCACACUGGUGAUUGUUCACGCUCUCUUUCAUGAGUACAAUGUCCAGACUAUGAAUGUAAAAUUGUACAUUGGGUGAAGUCUUAAGUGACUUUCCAAAUACUUUUUUUCUUUUUUUUUUCUCGAUAUAAAAUGAACAAAAAUAAUUGACAACAUUUCAGUUGUUGAGGCAAGAACAAAGUGAAAGGAAGAAGAACCCUCUCUUCACCCCCUCCCCUCCCUCAAAUGACCACUUGCCAUCCUGACUGCAUCUUCCAGGUGUACUUAUCCCCUCGCUGAUGAUCUAUAAUUUAAGGAUCGGUGGAAGCCAUUUGACACUUUUAAUCCAGCUCAUUUUUAUGUGCAUUACCAGUUAAUUGUACACUUUAGUGUUGUACAAUACAUGCAGCUUCAUGUUUUAAAAAAAUCCUUAAAGUAAGGAAGUCUUUUUGUAUUUUUGAUUUUAAAUGGUAUCUGAGAUCUACUUUUUUUAAAUGUAUUAAUGACGAAUUUAACUUUACAUCCAAUGGAGUGUUUUUUUUUUUCUUCUUACAAAUAUCUAUGUUUAGUUUAGCGCCGUGUCAUCCAACUGUUAAACUUAGCAUGUAGAGAGUACCGCUUGCUCUGUGGGAAAGUCCUGAAUUAAAUUUCAAUCAUGGCACUUCUGCAGAAAACAGCAAUGUGUUUAAUGAUUUAAUUUUUUUCUCCCCUAUAUCCAUAAAGCCAUUUUAGUUGCGAGAAUUGCUAUUUGUGCUUAAGAUGUAUUUAAAAAAUGUGUUAAGACAUCUUUGUUCAGGCUAUAUGAUAUUGUAAAGUGUAUAUACAGUUGCAUUGACUUUCUGAAACAAAGUUUUAAAGUUAAAAACC